UACAAAGCUGCCUAGAGAUACAUAUACUAAAAUAAAAGGUAAGGCGAACAACUAGACAGAUUGUAGAACCUUCGAUCAAAUCUGAAAGACCUCCUUAUAAUAUCCAAUCCCUCCAGCGUUUGAAAGGUAGGGAGACCAUUGCCUCGUUCUCAUAGAUUUAUAUAGUCGCCUGCCGGUACCAUCUCGAAUUGAAGUGCCCCUCAUUACCAUCCUCGGCCUUACAGCUCAUAUCCAACCAAAUAGCAGACGGCCUCAUCAAAGAAUAAUCAAAUGGUUUCUAUUCCUGUAGUCCACCAUGGCGAAACGCAUACAUUUGAAUUGCAACCAGACGCCACCGUGGCCGACCUCGCCAGCGAGAUAGAAGAUGUCCUACACAUACCCAUCGACAACCAAAAGCUCAUGGUGGCGAAGCUGGGGAUGCUCAAAGCCCCCUUCAGCGACCGCCCCAUCGCUGACCUCGAGAACAAGAAAAUCACUCUCCUCGGGACCUCGAGCGCCGAGAUCGCCUCGCUGAAAUCCGCCUCCGAGAAAGCCGCAGCCCGCCAAGCGCACCUCGCAUCCGCGCGCAAGAACGCUCCCAAAGCAUACUCCUCGCGGCGCGACCCCUUGCGCGCGCAAGAAGACAGCCAAUACACCUUCCUGACGCUCCGGCCACUUCCCAAUCUCCCCCGACCAGAGCGCUCGCUGCAAUUCCUCGAGCGGCUGAAGUCCGACCCGGGGAUCCGCGCCGCCAUGCGCGCGCACAAGUUCAGCGUGGGCCUGCUCACGGAGAUGGACCCGCUGUCGUACACGGAGUCCAGCCACGAGGGCACCACGCGCAUCCUGGGGCUGAACCGGAACCAAGGCGAGGUCAUCGAGCUGCGGCUGCGCACGGAUGCGUACGACGGGUACAGGGAUUACAAGACGAUUCGGAAUACCCUGUGCCACGAGCUCGCGCACAAUGUCCACGGCCCGCACGAUCGGAAGUUCUGGGAUUUGUGCCAUCGUAUCGAGAGGGAGGUUGCGAGGGCGGAUUGGAAGAGCGGUGGGCAUAGUGUGGGCGAUGGAGAGGAGUUCUACGAGCCGGCGAGUGAGGAAAUUGCGUAUGAUCAUGGCGGGUGGACGGGUGGUGAGUUCGUGUUGGGUGGUGGUGGGCCGCCGUCGUCGAGUAGGACUGCGGAUGCUUCCGCUGCUGGUGCGACGCUUAGUAGGCGGGAGAUCAUGGCCAAGGCUGCUGAGGAGCGGCUCAAGAAGCAGAGGCAGGCCCCGGACGGAGACUCGUCUGGUCCUAGUGGUUCUUGAUGAAUUGGUAAUUGGCUUCAUUGCGUCGUUGAUAGCGUGCUUCGGUUGCAUAUAUGCUUUGACUCUUGCAGCGUAUACCCCCCCUUUUGCUGCUUAUAUAUAAUAAAGAUUUAUAUAUGUCUCAAAAUUGAAGAUUACAUUCUAGCAUCAAA